CUGUUUAACGAAGUCUAAACGCGACACGAAAUGAAAUUGUUCACAAGCUUUCCUGUGACCGCAAACAACUUUGCGAUAACGUUUACCAACCCAGAAUCUAGGUACACUGUUUUAGCCACGAUCACCUGUGUUGGUGCGUUCGAGCAUACAGAUGGCGCUCGUGCCGGUGACAGCACCCCCGCCUUCGAGUUGUGCGCCCUUUUUGCAUGAAGCGAAGAAGCAGCAAAAGGCUAUUAAGACGCGCGUGUUGGAGCCGGUGGGGGCCUACCUGCGCCUUUUCCAGGCCCGACUAUCCGCCCCCAUUGUGCGCCAUGUUUCGCACCUGCAGCCCGUGCUGGCCAGUGGCCUGGAGCUGCUGCCCCCCUGCGCCUAUCCGCAUGUCCCCGCCAGCACCAUUGAGACCAAGUUCGUCACGUCCUCGUUCCUCAGGCACCGCGCCGCCAUCAACCAUCUGGUGUUCACCCCUGACGGGCGGAGGCUGCUGUGUGCCGGCAACAACGGCAACGUCAGCCUCUGGAGCGGCACCACCUUUGAAAACGAGCUGGGGCCGGGCAUUCAGGCGCACGAGGCCUCCCCCAUCCGCUGUAUGGUGUUUUCCCACAGCGGCCUCUACGUGCUCAGCUGCGAUGACAUGGGGCGUGUCAAGUUCUCAAAACCCACUCUAGAGGUGCUGCAGGUGUACCACGCGCACAAGGAGCCAUGCCGCUCCGUCAGCUUCGCACCAACUGACUUUAAGUUCGCAACGGGCUCCGACGAUUCCACGGUCCGUGUGUUCGAUACAUUCCGGGGCCAGGAGCUGUGCAUGACGGGCCACGGCGGUGACGUGCGGUGGGUGGAGUGGCACCCCAGCAAGGGUGUCAUCGCCAGCUGCUCCAAGGACGCGUGCGUGAAGCUAUGGGACCCACGGGUCGGCGACUGCCUCGCCACGCUGCAUGGACACAAGAACGGGCUAUUCCAGGCCAAAUGGAACUCCAACGGCCACUGGCUGCUCACCUGCUCUCGCGACCAGCUGCUGAAGCUGUACGACGUGCGCAUGCUGCGGGAGGUGGGCUCGUUCGCGGGGCACGGGCGCGACGUGACAUGCUGCGCUUGGCACCCGCAGCAGGAGGAGGUGUUCGUAUCGGGGGCAGUGGACGGAAGCCUGUUGUUCUGGCAGGCCAGCCGCCCCGACCCGCAGGGUGCCCUGCCCGCUGCACACGAUGCCGCCGUGUGGAGUGUGGCGUGGCACCCGCUGGGGCACGUGGUAGCCUCAGCCGGCACCGAUCAGAAGUGUCAGUUUUGGUGUCGCAAGCCGCCCGGAGACAUUUGGCAGGACACCUUCGGCCAGGACCCCUCCACCGUUACCACCUCAGCCGCCGCCACCGGACUGGCCCCGCAACCCGACGCGGCAGCUCCGCCCGCAGCGGGCUUGCUGGUUGCGGGCCUGCUGGGCCCCCCCGCGGGCGGUGCAGCAGCAGCAGCGGGCUUCCAGACGGCAGGGUUGCUAUCCAGCCUGGACGGUGUUGCUGUCCCUACCCCUGCAGCCUCAGCGGUGGGCGCAGGCAACCGGCCCAAAAUUGUGCCUGGCAUUGGGGCCGUCCUGGAUCAACUGCAAACCGCUAACCUACCGGCGCUCGCGGGAGCCCUGCCGCCCCGAGUGGGGUCCGGGAAAGCAGCAGGGGCAGGAGCAGGUGUGGCCCAGGGGCUGGAGGGGCAAGCUGGUCGGGCGCCGGGAGCCAAGCGCGGCCGCGAUGACGGCCCCACCCGGGGCGGCCCACGGGGCAGCUUUGGAGGCCGAGGCCGCGGCUGGGAGCGGGAGUGGGAGCGGGACUUGGAGCAGGAGCGGGAGGACUGGGGCCGGGGCAAGGUCCCCUGCGUGGAGGGUAGCGGAGGCAAUUGGAGCGGAGGUGCACCGCCACCCCAGCAGAUGGGAGUCCAGGGCUACCGGGGGGAGCCAGGUGGCCCUCAUCAGCGCUCAGGUGGACCUCCUCUUGGAGCCGGAACAGGACCAGGUUCUGGGCUGGGACGUGAUCUUCGUAGGGGGCCGCCGCCGCCUCCUCAGCCGUACGAAGGAGGGCCUGAUGCCGGGAUGGGGCCUGGCGGGCGUCUGCCGCGCUCUCUGCAUGAGCGUCUGCAUGACCGGCGCCAUGUGCAUCGUUACCCUCUACAACAUGAGAGCGGACCGCCACCGCAGUAUGACAGACCAGGGCCCUAUGGCCAUGAGCCGCCGCCUCCACGUGUGUAUAGCGGGUAUGGUGGUGGUGGCGGACCUCAGCCUCCCAUUGACCCAGGUCUGGCAGGUGGCGGCGGAGGCGGCCCCGGUCCAACCACAAUGCGACCGCACAACACCCACCCGCCGCCCCCGUACAGAGACAGAGACGGCCCCGGCGGUGGCGGUGGGACCUACCCGCCGAACAACCCUUUCGCGGCAGAUGGACCCAUGGGUCCUGUUGGGCUCUAUGGGCCACCACACCGCGGACGAGUUUCGGGCCCCGGAGGGAGGGGUCCGCCGCCCCACCCGCACCACGGGGCCGGGUCCUCUCAGGGCUUCGGGUGGGGAAGGGAGAGGGAGAGGGGACCUCCGGAAAGGCAAGGAGGCUGGUAGCCUGAGGCACAGGUUUGGGGCCUUACGUGCCUUGUGAGCAGUCGGGGGGUAUGUGGCUUGCAUGUCUAUCUGUAUUUUGUCGUGUGCACCCGCAGCGGGUGCAUCGGUGAUGUCGUGGGAUGGGUGGAAGCAACGCACUGGUAACGGUUUAGAGGAGUUCGAUUUCCGGUGGAGCUUGCGGUCAUGUGCAUGAUGCAAGUGUUCAAGCGUACAGGCUUUCUGUCUUGGACAGGCUUUCAACAGCCGUAGCAUCUGCAACCCAGUCAAUGUCUUUCAAGUGUCGAGCGGGACUUCUUGCCCUGUGGACACGUUUGGUGGCCAAGUCCGGGCUAAACACUAAAUGUAAGCAUCUUGGUCAGGAGGUUAGGCCAGACUGAACCGAACCGAUCUCAUGGCCUGCCCAGGUGUUGUGCGUCCGUCUGUGGGGAUGCAUGGACUGGCUCGGCUGGUGUGUCUGGGUGCGUAGGGCCACAGUGGUCAUGGUUGGUUUCAUAGAUUGGUGGCACUUGGCAUGUGGGUGCUGCAAUGUACACACCUUGUCGUGCUGUUGUUUAAUGCAGCAAUCAACAGGUAUUGAGUUGGAGAGACAGACAGGUUCGCCAACCUGAUAUGUGUGUGUGUGAUGGUGCCACCCAUCGUUCGCCUCUUCCUCGGCCGCUCCAUCCUCCCACCGUUGCUGCCUUUGAGCUCCUUUGUGACGGUACUACAUGCUAAGAGCUUCCUGCCC